AUGACAUUCAGCCCAUCCUCGUACAACCUCGGCGCAUCUCUUGUCUCAAUCGGUUUACUCUGGUGGCACGGCAUGAUUGCUGCUAUCAUCGGCUCCGCCAUUCUCACCGUUCUGGUUGUGCUCAAUAGUCGCGGCGCUGUCAAGUACUUUCUUGGCUUCCCUGUGUAUGUCCGCGCAGCUGCUGGCGUCAGGGGAGCGAGUUUGUACAUCGUCGCGCAAUUACCAGUCAUGUUCAUUCAUCCCACGGUACUUCGACACCUCUUUGUUGUCAAAGCUGUCUAUACAACGAUUGCACUCUUCGGGGUGCUCGCUUGGGUAAUCAGUGCCAAUGGGGGCAAAAUUGGAAGUUUUACGUACACGACCAAGCAGACUCAGCUCUCGGGCUCAGCUCUGAUCUGGCCCAUGAUACAAGCCAUCAAUUCCGUUAUGGGCGCUCUGGCGCCAGUGCUUAUCAAUCAGCCUGAUAUAGCGCGAUACGGACAUUCCUACGGCGAUGUGACAUGGAGCCAGGGCUUCGGUAUUCUUACCAGUAAAGUACUGGUCAUGUUCCUGAGUACCGCAACGACUGCAGCCGCUACACAAGUCCUCGGCCAAAGCUAUUGGAACGUAUGGGAUCUCUACGACGCCAUCUUGGAUCAAUAUUGGACUGCUGGAGCUAGAGCAGGGAUAGUAUUUGCGUCUUUCGGUAUGAUGCUCGCUGUACUUGUCACCAAUGCAGGAAGCAACUCGCUUCCCGUUGGUGCCGAUCUUACAGGAAUCUUCCCUCGAUGGUUGACCAUUGUGCGGGGCCAGGUACUCUGCGCGAUUCUGGCACCCUUACUUGUUCCAUGGAAGAUUAUCGCCUCGGCGACUGCGUUCUUGACGUUCCUCGGAAGUUACACUGUAUUUCUGAUGCCGAUCUGCGCGUGCAUGAUUGUCGACUACUGGCUCGUUCGAAAGGGUAACUUGCAUGUUCCCUCAUUGUACACGACUGCAUCCGAAAGCCCGUACUCGUACUGCAAAGGCUGGAAUAUGCGCAUGCUGGCUGCGUGGACAGCUGGGGUUGCCUUCACGGUCCAUGGCGUCGCGGGGUCUUUGGAUGCUGAUUCUGUCGCCGAGGCUAGCAAGAAUAUGUACAAGCUUGGCUUUCUACUAUCUCUGUUCAUGGGCGGCUUGGUUUAUUACAGCUUGUGCCUCAUCUGGCCGGUGAAAAUGGUGCCUCGAGGGGCAGGGGGAGAGCUGGGGUUUGAAGCGUUGGCAGCGAACGAAGGUUUCUUCGACGACGAGAAUGUAGGAACUAUCACGGGCGUACGGGAAGGCGAAGAAGUGCAUGAGACGCAGCACGGCGCUGCGGAUAGCAAAGGGUUUGUCUGUUAA